AUGUCUGCCAUUGGCACGAAUUCGGUUUCAGGAGCGGCUUUGAGCUCCAUGCGCGCAAAGGCCUCUGAUGCUGUUGCCUCGCUUGCUGGCGUCUUUCCAACUCAGCAUAUACCUAACUCUCAUGGGCACGCAUAUAGCGUCAAUCUUGCCCAGACUCAACCGGGUGCUCAGACAACCUACCAUAUGGCUCCGGCUCAGCACCAAGCUCAUCCAAAUCAGCACCAUUUAACUGUACAGCACCAGCACCAAGCUUCCCAACACCAACAAAAUGUCGCACAACAGCAGCAACAGGUGGCUGCGGAUCACUUCUUCCAACAAUUGCAACAAACUGCCACAGCUGCUGCCGCACUUCCAAAUGUUCUUUCUCCAUAUGAUCAUCAUAACCAGUCUCCUUAUAUUGGUCAACUAAUGUACUUUCCAUAUCCAUCUGCGGCAGCUGCUGCCAACAGCCUUUUCACUAAUAGUCCUUCUACGACUGAGCAUCAAGUUCAUCAACAAUCUCAAACGAUUUCUGCUGUUGCAAAUUCCGCUGCUUUGUCUGCAGUAACUUCUCAGGCCACCGUUGUUGUAGCACCGGCCUCAGCUACAUUGCAUCAGCAUCAGCAAAAUGGUAUGGCACCUGCCGGUUCUGCUGUUUCUGCCGCUACUCUGGCUCCCCUCUUAACAUCGGCAGCCAAUCUUUAUCCCCAACAUACUAAUGUGAAUACCAAUUGUACACAAUCAUCUCUACAACCCCAAGGCCAAACAUCUAAUAUCCAACCUCAACAAAUAUCUGUACAGUCGGUUACAUCUUCUGGUAAUGCCAUCACGACCUUAGCAAGUUCCAUAGGUGCUAGUUUAGGAGGAACUACGUUAUGCACUAAUUCUAUACUAAAUGCUUCUGCAGCUACGAUUGCUGAUCUUGAUAAACUUUUGCCUGCUGUACCAAAGCUUGAGGCUACGACUGCUGUCUUAUCAAGUGAUGGUGGUCCGCUUAAUGGUGGCCAAUUGAUCACACCUCCCGCAAAAAGAGAUAAUAACGGGACCGGGCAGUUUAUCUGUGGUGUCUGUGGUCGCGAGUUUGGAAUGAGAUGUAGACUAAUUGCGCACACUCGGAGGCACACUGGAGAACGUCCAUUCCCCUGCGUCGAAUGUGGUCGUGCAUUUUCUGAUAGAGGAAACUUACAGCGCCAUCGUUAUACUCAUUCUUCUAAUCCUAGGUUCCAUUGUAAUGUGUGCGGAAAGGCUUUUCGGCAGGUGGGUUGGAUUUUGCUUCGGCUGAUAUUUUCCUUAAUAUACAAUUUUCAGGCCUCUUGCCUUUCGAAUCAUCGACGAUUCCACUGUGCUGGUGCCUCCGGACGUCCUUGCCCCUUUUGCGCUCGGUCCUUCCGCUCUUCCUCUAGUCUUCAAAUGCACAUUCGUUGGAAGCAUCGCGCUGAUGCCGCAGCAGCUAUUGCCGCUGCCACUGCCGUCGCUGUAAUUGGGGGCGCAGGUGCCACUGGUGCCUCCGUUGAUUCCAACGUUGGGAUCAGGAUUAAUGGAUCUAGCUUGAUCUCAGGCAAUGAAAAUGUACUCGGGGGCGGAAUAACUUCUGGCAAUAUUGGGAUGAGUAUAGGUGUGUACCACAAUCAGCUCGGACUUAUUUUUAUUUAA